CAAAUUUGAAUUGACAAGUGAACCAUUGCUAGGUUAUCGUGAACAUAACUUGCCAAUUAUGCACAGAUCAGCGGGAAGCUGCCAUGUGAACGCGACUAAAGUUGUUUAAAAGGUUCUAGAUAUCGGAGUGUCCGCAGAGGCUUUUAUGACUUCAAGGUCAUGGCCAGAAUUUUAAAGUCUUGAGCAUACUGAAAUAUUACACUUCAAAUUUUAAAAAACUAACUCAUGUUUUAUCCAACGAAACAUAAUAUUCUUCGUAGGCAGAAGCUUAGAUCUACCCAACAUGGUGCGAAUUUGCACCACUCUGCUGACCAACUACUCUGGAAAAAAUCUUCGUAUCAUCGAUAUAGGAAUACCUUCAUUUACCACAGCAGUCCUUCCGUGAGAAUAAAUUCUAGGAUCAUACAAUUGUGUCUGGGAAUCAUCAAAAUGGUCAACUCACAUUAAUAGCAUAUAAAGAUGCUAUUCAAAUCUUAAAAAAUAACUUGAUCUGUGAUUGUGACAGUGGUGGUGAGUGGUUUAUUGAUGAGUUUGUCGGAUAUCCUGACGAAUUGGAAAUGGUCUACAGAAAGCCAAUACUGCUUGGCGAAUCAAAUACCAGCCGUUUAUUAACAAGUGAAUCUUUAUUAUCGGAUGAGAUUUUAGCAGAGUAUCGUAUAGUUUUUAGCCAUAGCUAUCAAGUACCUGUUCUUUUAAUGCGUUUUCAGACAAAAAGUGGCCGUUUAUUACAUCAUGACAAAUUAUGGAGUGAAAAUUUCCGUUCAUCUGUGUUUCCUCUUUCUGAAGUACCACUACCCCUACAUGCCCUUAGUGAAAUCGAACAUCCGCACCUUGGAAUCCCGUUUUACGAGUUUCAUCCUUGUAAAACUGCAGACCUCAUGAGGGAAGUAUUUUAUUCACAACCUACUCAACUUAACGAUCCGGUGAAAUACAUGAUUAUGUGGUUAAGUUUAAUCGCUUCUCCAUUUGGACUUCAUCUUCCACAAAAAUCGAUACCAACAUAAAUCUUUGAUAGGAUCUCUAGUACCUCUCAAAACUUAUGUAUAACUAAUAAGUUUCUUAUUGUAUUCAUAUUUUGUAAAUUAAUCUAUUUUCAGUUAUUAAAUUAAAAUGUUGUCUUCACAUUGCCCUUGUCUUUAGUUAUUUGGCGAUUGAAUUGGUCUACAGUGUGAAUUUUUCAUUUCAUUUGUUAGCAAAACAAUAAUAAUAUUUUCUUUCACUCGUA